AAUGAACCGGCAAGUAAUGCCGCCGAUUUAGAUCAACAAGAAGAUAUAAAUCCGGCUAUGGAAGAUGAUGUUGUUUUGGACUUCGCAUCCACUGCGGCUCCUGAAGGCGAUCCUGACCCGAUGGCGCCACCUGAAGACUUAGCUUUAAAUGCUGACCAAGUAACAUUACCUGAUUUAGACCCAGAAUUACUCCUAGCUCUCGGUGAAUCUACCGACAUUUCUCCUAAAUAUAGGGAAAAAAUCCUCGACGUAUUAGCUCAACGCUGGAACCCCAUCCUUAAAAAAGGAUUACCUAAAGAGUCUAAGGAGAAACUAUUAAAGGAUUACCUCGUGCCGGAAAACUGCACCCUCCUUCAGGCUCCCAAGCUGAAUGUUGAAGUGGCGGCCGCCAUUUCAGAAACCGCACGUGGUCGAGAUAGGAGAAAGGAGUCUGACCAACAGCAGUUGGGGCUAGGCAUUUCUAUUAUUAACAAAGCUAUGACUUUAUUACUCACGAGUGAUAACAAGGUCGAAGCUAUAAAGAUACUCAGCGACGGUUGCAGGAUCCUAACCGAUUUACACUAUCAGGAAACACAGUCGCGCAUUACUGUUGUUAACUAUAGCUUGGCUAAACCAUUUCUGAACGUUGUUCAAGACAACGAAAGAGACGAAACUCUUUAUGGUGUAAAACUUUCUGAAAAGAUCAAGGCCUCAAAAUUGAUCGAAAAACAAGGCUUACAGAUUAAAAAGUAUAUAAAGCCUCAGAAGAAUACCACAUCGGAAAGCACAACCACUAAUGCACGCCCUCAGUACCAACCAGGACAUUCGGCCGCGAACCAGGGAAACUGGUCAGCGCCCUCACGCUUCCAGCCGAACAGGGGGGGGCGGAGAGGGCAGAGGAGACAACCACCGACCAUGGGCCGCAGGCCACAGUCUCAACCAGCCACGAGUGCCGCAGGACCAGCCAGGACCCGUGCCCCAACGCGCCAGUAACCCAGGUACAUGCAGGAACCAACUUACCCUGGGUGCAGCAACGCUCUCAGGCAGGCGUUCCUAGCACGUGGUGUACCAGGCUCGUCGUUAGAUCUGAUGUUAGCAUCCCUGUCCAACAGCACAAUGAAACAAUACAACGUUUCACUAAGAUUAUGGUGGCAAUAUUGCGCGCUUAAUAACAUUAACCCCCUUGAUUGCUUGAUCCCUACGGUCUUAAGUUUUCUUACCGAACAGUAUAACAACGGCGCUUCUUACGGAUCA